UUGGCGCUCUUGUACUUCCGUGCGCGUUUUCGCGGUUUUCGCGUUUUCGCGUUUUGCUGCCCGUUUUCGCGUUUUCGCGCGAAAAUGCCGCGCAUCACCGGGGCCGAGACACACACAUUUCCUGCACAGACUGAUUUUGGCACCGUGACUCGGUUCCUGCAGAGCAUUUGAAAUAAUUUGACUCGAUGGGAAUUUGGUUCACAUUGCAUGAACAUGUGGCCCAUAUUACCAGUCAGGGAGAAAAAACAUCCAAGGAUGAUCAUUGGCCCGUAGCAUUUGUACGGAUUCAUCUCCCAAAUUCACUGGCACAACCAGAGCUCGUCCCUGGAAAGGCAGAAUCAGGUUCAAUGGCCGGCUCGCAUGCAUUCGGCGACACCACGGCCGCAACAGGUUUCCUGGAUGCCUCCCCUACCACGGCCACCUGUGCCACCUGGGCCACUGCCGAUGCCCAUGUCGGCCACGGCCAUGCCGGCGCCGGCGCCGGCGCAGGGGUCAAGGCCGGGCUGAAAGUAGGAAGAUCCUGUUGGACAUGGUUUAACAUUGUUUAA